AUGACCAGCGAGGUGGAGGUGCUCAGGGUGCUGAAAACUCUGUUCGAGCAGCGCAAGGCCCUGGAUGAGAAGAGAUUGUCCAACAGCUCUCUAAGCCACAAGGAAGACGUGGCUAAGGUGACUGAGCUCCAGGAAGUCAUAUACAAGCAGUCGUGGGAGCAGAGCCAAAUGAAGGAGCAUCUGGCAGCCCUCUCUACCCAUGUGACAGAGCUGGAGGAGGACCUGGACACGGCCAGGAAGGACCUCCUAAAGUCUGACAAAGUGAACAGGACACUGCAGCGGGAUGUCUGCUAA